UUGGAAUUUAGAACAUCUGCCGAUUUACCCGAUGAUAUUUUGGAUAGGUUCCCUUCAAUAGGUCUACACCAGAAUAUUAAUUUCAUUGCGUCCCGUUAUUUCUGAAAGAGGAUUUCCCCUUUCGCCAUGAAUCCGUUAUGUGGAAGAUGCAGUAAAAUGGUUUACCCCACGGAAAAAGUGAAUUGUCUAGACAAGUACUGGCAUAAAGGAUGUUUCAGCUGCGAGGUGUGCAAAAUGACCCUUAACAUGAAGAAUUACCAAGGCUUCGACAAGAAACCCUACUGCAGUAUGCACUACCCGAAGAGCUCCUUCACCUCCGUGAUUGACACCCCAGAGAACCUGCGACUCAAACAGCAGAGCAUGUUAAACAGCCAGGCGCUGUACAAAGAGGAGUUUGAGAAGAACAAGGGGAAAGGCUUCAGCGUGGUGGCCGACACACCGGAGAUGCAGAGAGUGAAGAAAACGCAAGACCAGAUCAGCAACAUAAAGUAUCAUGAGGAAUUUGAGAAGAGCAGAAUUAGUAGUGAUGCCCCACCCCCAGUGAAUGCCAGUCAAGAUCCGCAGCCAGCCAUCCCUCAGACCUACAGCUCCCAGCCGGAUCCUGUGUCUGUUCCCUCUGCUGCUGCUGUACCACCACCUAGUGGAGGGAAGCGCUACCGGGCUCUGUACAGCUACACGGCUGCUGACGCCGAUGAGGUGUCUCUCCAGGAGGGCGACCUGAUUGCAGACGUACAACAGAUAGAUGAGGGAUGGAUGUACGGCCGCAUCGAACGCACCGGGCAACAGGGCAUGCUACCUGCUAACUAUGUCCAACCCCUCUGAAACCCUGGGCCUCGUUCAAUUGGUUGAAACAUUCAGAACACUGCAGACAGAAAUGUAAGCAUGGGUUGUGUUCAUUAGACACCAAAUGGAAGAAAAUGGAUUGAAAGAAGGCCAAUUCGUAAGUCGCUCUGGAUAAGAGCGUCUGCUAAAUGACGUAAAUGUAAAUGUGUGACUGCCCGGACGUGUCCAAUAAGAAGCGCUCAAUUUACUUUUAUUGCAAAGCAUUUAAAACCCUUUCUGUUGCAUGUCAUAAUGAACAAAACCCAGGUUGAAGGUUAGUGUCCUCUCUAGGUUGUAUUUUUCUAUCUGCAACGUUCAGAGUUUCAUUCCACUGCUGAACUUAGUCCAGGAGAAAUGGGGAGAUGAAAAAAGGGGGGGGAAAAUAUGGGAAACAAAUCACAGCCCAAGAGAGGGAGAGGAGGGAAGAAGGAGAAAAGAAAACAACUAGUGCCAUUAAGACUUGAAUAUUGUCUCUGACCAUGUUUUUGCUCAUAUGGUCUAUUAUUCAUGGUUUAGCUAAUAAAGCUUCUCACUGCCAUUUUCAGUACACAGUCCACUAUCGGACAGCUCAAUGCCCUAAUACUACUACACCUAAAUAGUUUUAAAAUGUCUAGGUCUUCCCCGUGGUUUAUUUCUAGUGACAUAACGACCCCAGUGAGGCCAUACCAUAUUAAGUUUGCAUCUAUUAGGCAGUGUACAAUAUAGAGUUGAAUGGUGGCUGCCAUUCUUCCAAGUCAUUCCCCAAAAUGUAUUAAUUAUUCCGAAAUGUUGCAUAAAGUUGGAAAGUUCAGGAUCGGCUUACAGUUGACAAUUGUACAUUUUAGGACAGAUAUUUCUAUCAUUUAGAACCUAGAGGGCUUCCGUGUUAGAAUACCUAAAGGUCUGUGUCUACCGAUUACAAUAGUUACACUAAUCAGCAGCACCUGGUUUGGGCUAGGCAGAAACAGGUGUGCACAAUUAUCAAGCAAUGGUAUUUUAUUAGGAUCCCCAUUAGCUGUUGUGAAAGCAGCAGCUACUCUUCCUGGGGUCCACACCAAACAUAAAAUAGAACAUUAAUAAACAAGAACAGAACUAAUGAUGUCCUAAAAGAGCUGUUUAAAAUAAUCACUGCUAUGCAUACAAAAAAAUACUUAAUUGGUAGUGUGAUACGGUUUGACAGAAAUUAAGAAUUCCAAAAUUUUACAAUUCACAGGGAUUCAAGGGUGUUUUAUAAGUUUGAAAAAUUAAAUGGGUAUGAUUUAUAUUAUUCUAUUCUAAGUUUUGCAAUGAAGCAUUAAAAUUCAUUGGAGUAAAACUGAAAA